AUGACGUUGAAUCUUUUAACAAUUAAUGAUGAUAAAGAGUUACAAUUUAUUAUCGAAAAAGUAAUAGUUGAUUCAACUAUACCGAGUAAGGAAAUUUGGCUUUCAUUGGCACCGCUAGACACAGAGAAUAGCCGCUGGGGAUGGACAACAGGAAUCUACCGUAAUCAAACAUUAUACUCUAGCUUUCCAGCUAGAUGCUACCAAUAUUGUGCAGACUGGAGAGUAUCAACCAAUCAGUCCACUCCACAUAUCUGGUUCAAUGCUACCACACUCCAACAGGCACGUCAAUGGCAACACACCACACCAUCUGAUCAAAAGCUGGUUAUCAUCGAAUAUGAAAGCACGAUUGCUCCAACCAUAGCAAGAGCCAAUCCAAAUUCAACUUUUAUUACCAUUGGCAAUCUAAAAGUAGCCGAUAAAUGGGCAGUCAGAGUUAAUGAUGUCAAUUGUAAAUCGCUGGUUCCAACGGUAGUCAACCAAACCACAAGUCUUCAGUGCGGGUUAGAGACUCUUAAAACCUAUGAGGGAAUCUUUAAUAUCUCCAUUGCCGACGGAACAUUGAAUUCCUAUUUUGUAUACAGAUUUAAUUCGCCGUGGAUCGUAGCCAUCAAAGGCAAUUCCAACGAUCUAUCGGCCACCAUCUACGGAGCCAACUUUCAACAAUCACUGAUAUCACCAACGCCAGCAACCAUCCUUGUAAAUAGCAUACCAUGUUCAAUCAUCAAUUAUAAUUUCACAUCCACUCCACAGACAAUUCUUUUGAAUUCCGUAAAAUCACAAUUAUUCACAUCAAUACAAAUCACCUACAAUUCCAACACCGCCAUUCCCACUCGAUAUUACAUCAACCAAUAUGAAUACCCUAUUUUUGAACAAACCACCGGGUUAUUCUACCGUUACUUUGGUAACCCAACAACCUUUGAACAAUCAUUGCUAUUUGCUUCACAGGAUCAGCUGCUCUACAGCCAAGGUCACUUGGCAAAUAUAAAUACAACCGAGUUGUAUCAGUUUGUACAUAACCAAUUCGCCAAUGGCAAUAGAAGUUAUAAAGUUUGGGCAGAUCUUCUCUAUAUCAAUAGUCAACUGCUUUAUAAUAACCAGAGUUAUACAACGCAAUUGACAAAUGCCACUGGUUUGCUAACAGGUAGAUUCUACUUUAACGGAGCGACACAAGGUUGUAUAGGAAUAGAAUCCACCACCACCGAUACCUAUCCAUUGGUUAUUGUAUAUGGAUUGCAAAAUCCAGUUGUAGAUAGCAGUAUACCGAGAAUUAUAGUACCAACAUUGGCGGGUGGCACACCAUAUUCCGUUCAUAUGAAAUCUAAUUUCCUUUGGUUCAAUUAUUUCAUCACCUACACAUUCAACGGCAAAACCUAUAACACUGCCACUUCCAACAUCAAAGCCAAAACCAUAGAUAUUAUAGCACCACCAGGUUCAGGAGUAAAUCAACCAUUAGACAUUUCAAUUGUAAAUUCAGAUAAGAAAUCAUUAUCAUAUACAAUUCAUACAUUUUUAGAUUAUCCAGCACCUAUUAUUAGUGGUAUUAAAUGUCCAAAUGAUUAUAUUACUAUCAUGGGUAGUAAUUUCGCUGAACCAAUUCAGAUAAAUAAUUUGAAUUGUAAUUAUAUCAAGUUGUUUUCAAGUGGUGAGCUGUAUUGUCAGUUAAAAGAAUCACCUAAUGGUGUUAAUUUUUCAAUUACUGCAAAUGGACAACAAUCAAAUAGUUAUACUCAGAGCAACCAGUAUGCUUGGAUACAAACAGUUUCUCCACAGUACAUACCUUUUGACGGAUCGAUUUUAACUAUUGUUGGUGACAAUCUUGGUAGCCAAGCCAGCUUGCCAAUCGUAACACUAGAAAGAGAUACUACUAUCAUUUCAACUUGCUCCAAUGUAACAUUCCUUGUUGAUCAAAAAUCAUUUACAUGUAUAGCCGAUCCUUCUGAUAUAGAAGGACAAUAUUCAGUUAAAUAUCAACAAAUUAAUGCAAUCCAAAGAGUUGAAGCUGUUGUUAUUUAUACAAAUGCCACAAUUAAUACUACUUGGUUACAAAAUCAAUUUAUUGUUACUUUUAGUGGAUCUUUUUUAGAUUUAUAUAAAAAAGAUUGGAAGUUAAAGAUUGGAAGUGGUGUACCUGGUAAUAUUAAUUGUACUAAUUGGGAAUGUACUUUUGACAUGGUUGAGGGUUGUACCAGUGGUUUGGUAUCGAUAUUCAGUAGAACCGGAAGAUCUUUAUUUCAGACUAUAAUGGUUUGGACACCAUUGAUAUUCAAUAUAACACCGGCUGUUAUUAAUCCACUUUCAGAAGAUCCAAUUAUCGUAAAUGGGCUGUUCUUCCAUAAAGGCGUACAAGUUAGAUUCUUUAAUUAUUCUCUACCAAAUGUUACAAUCUCAGAGAGUCAGAUAGUGAUUCAUUCAGUACCAAUGUCCACUGGAAAUAUCUCUGUUAGCAUUGUCGAUUUGUCCAACCCAGACGUACCAAUUCCAUCGAAUCGAAUCAAUGUUGUCUAUCCAAAGCCAGUGGUAACCAAAGUCACUACCACUGCACCUGAUAUCCAAUAUCGCCAAAACAUCACCAUCGUUGGACAAUUCCUAGGUGUAGCAGACCGAUCUCUCUACCCAGGAUUGAAUACACCGGUACUAACAUACAAUGGUUUGUCAUCUGGUGAGUUUACUACCACCUAUACAUCAUUCGACAAGAUUGUUGCAUGGAUUCCAUAUGAUUCUAGAUCCGGUGAAUUUAAUAUUACCAUCGAUGGACAAACUUCAUUUUCCUAUCCUGUUAAAGUGUGUAAUAAUUUCACUUUAGAUCCAUUUAUUCAAUCUAUUGAAAAUAGACCAGCAACAACAGGAUCAAUGAUAACUAUAAUAGGUUAUUAUUUAGCACCUUAUAGUUGGACUGGUCAACAAUCAUUAUUCGUUUCCAUCGAGAAUUUGAAUUGUACAAGUUUGAAUUUGGCUUAUUCCAGUACCGCACCUUAUUAUCUGGCUUGUAAUGCACCACCUGGUAGUGGUAAAAAGACACUCUAUAUCAAUAAUGGACAAGAUACAGUGACUUUUGAUAUCGUUUACCAAUCGCCAACGAUUGAAUCGACCACUUCCACUCAUUUCGGUAGACCGGGUACUGUUUCUAUUUUCGGAAGCAAUUUUGCACCCAACAAUGUUGCUGUUACCAUCGGUGGUAUACCUUGUACCUACCCAAGAGUCAACAGUAAUUAUGAUAUGUUGGAAUGUAGAUUUGCAUCCAAUGUUCCUAUCAGUCAACUACUACCAUACAAUAACCAAAUACAACUAGAUGGAGUAACAACUGGUACAUUUUCAUUGGAGAGUAAUAUAACAUUACAAGUUUAUGUGGAAAUCGAUGGUUACAAUACGACAGCUCCAACCUUUAUCUACAGUGUCCAACCGGAUGUUUGCGAGUACCAAUGUGUCUAUGGACAAUGUGAAGAUGGUCAUUGUGUUUGUACUGACGGAUAUACAGGGUUGGAUUGCUCACUUGAAGUUGUUGUUGAAGCUCAUUUACCUAGUCCAGCGCUCAAUUCCGUUGAUCUCAUUUUAGGAUUAGCAGAGUUUGCAGUUGGAUUUAAUAUCUCUAUAAUUGGUCUACGUGAAGUGUCACCAACUAUGACCACCAUCAAUCAAGUUGAAUUUAGUAGUAUUUCAAAUUGGACUGUUAAUUCUAUUACAAAUGUAUAUGUAGAAAAUAACUAUAACAACAACAACAAUAAUAAUAGUGGUAGUAGUGACGAUCAAGAAACAAUCAAUUUUCCAAAACCAAAUGUUAAACUCUUUCAAUAUAAAACCAGUUUGGAAAUUGUAGAUAUCACAGUAAAUCUGACCGUAUUCCUUCAGGAUGGAGAUUAUAAUUUUGCAGGUGACAUUUUUACAGUUGGAAAGAACUCUGUGAAAUAUCAAAUCGAAAUUAAUAAUUGGAAGUUUGUUGAUCCUCUAAAUACACUACAGCUUUUGGUUCUAACCAAAUCCACUGCGAAAGAAGAAACAUGCAUUGCAACAGCCAACAGUUACAAAAAUCAAAAAGGAUCGCUAAGAGAAGUAGAGAUUGUUGAUUACAAUGGUAUUUUACAUGCAUACUAUUCCGAUCGUAUAUUGGUUGAUGACCGGUUAGAGUACAGUCAAGUGAUAGUUCUCGAAGAUGGAACCACUCCAACUAAUGAAGAUCUUCACUAUAACCGUAGUGCAGGACUUUUGACUGCCAUUUGUAUCCCACACUUUGAAAACUCUGCAAUUAUCGAUCCCAAUUACCAGGUACUCAUUGUUAUACCGGAUCAAAACUGUCUGGAACAAAUCAGAAGAUGGCGUAAACCUCUCAUUAUUACUCUGGUCAUUCUUGGUCUGAUAUCGAUCCUCAUAACCAUAUUGAUAGUACUCUAUCAGCGAUAUAAAUAUCAUAUGAAGAUUCUCUAUAUUCGACUCAUUGAAUAUCACAUGGAAUGCUAUCAACCAAUGAUAGAACUAUUGGAUUUUAGUGAUGAUUAA